AUGCCACCUCGCCGACGUCGUCCUGUGGACGCCUACGACUCCGACGAUUCUUUUUCGCCUAGCGAUGACGAUAUUAGCGAGGACACUUCCAAUGCGAACGAGUGUGUCUUUGACGUGAACGAAGAUGACGACGGCUCGGACACCGACGCGACGGACGCCGAUGACCUCGAGGAGGAUGCCGAACUUGACGUUGAAGACCAGAUCAAGCUGUUUGGCGGGAAUCUCCACCCGCCCGAUUACUGGCGAAAGGCGGUGGAGGACAUGAACGACAGCGAAUUCGAAUGUCAAGAUUACAGUCCUUCGACAACGGCAUUACUCGAUAACGUCGAGGAGCAGUGGCGCUUAUACUGUGCGGUUCUCGACCGUGAACCUCGACAUUGCUACGAAACGCUCUCGAUCAAAAUCCUUUAUAACUUCUUCGACUGGUACCUCAACCAAAAAGUUGGCAAAGACGGGAGGAAGAGGAGCGGUAUCAAGAAGAAAAGCUCUUUGGUAACAUUCUGGAAGAUAUUUAGGCUUGUGUUUGAGAGGGCUAUGGGUGAGGGAAUAGCCUCGAAGCUGGGUCGCAGCAUGCGUAAGGUUAUCGGAAGACUGGCCAAGAAGCACGACCUAAACGACCAGGCGCGGGCCAACCGUAUCAUGACGAUCGAUCAACUGAAGGAGCACAACAAGGAAACACUAAGCACAACACGAAAGAUGUUUGGGCUGGGAGAAGUACGCAUCCUUGCUGUGCUCUUCGUCCUGUUAGUUGCUCCGGCCAGUGCUCGCCGGAGAGCUAUCGCGAGGCUUCGUUUCGGUGACAUACGCGUCGUCCUAGCGAGAGAUCCAGAAGGCGGACCGCACAAGCUUCUCAUUCGAUUCACUCCAAAGUUUACAAAGGAAUACCUUGGCGCUAAAGCUCAGAACACCUACCCAAUCCCCGAAACCAUGUUUGAUGACUCCUUGUUGCUCAGUCCACACGUGUUUCUUCUGGGCAUCCUCUUUCGCCACCAAGCAUUUCGUGCAUCCAGCCUCACCUCACCGGAUCAGCUAAAAAGGCUCGAUAUUUGCCCCGGCGAACUCGAGUUGCCUCUACCGCUACGAGAGGACUUGAACGACACCUACAUUUUCCGUCGCGCUAUCUUAACAGCUACAGGUUAUGUGCUAUCCGUUAAUGAGCCCAUUUCCGAGGCCAUGAUGGGGGCCUUUUUCAAGAGAGUCGGGGAGCUUCUUGGGUUGGCAUACCCCACCAUACUGUACAGUUUGCGCUACAACGGAGCGAACGAAUAUGAUCAAAGCGCCGAUGUCAGCGAGGCACUCCGAAAUCUUGUCAUGGGUCAUGCCAGCUCCGAACCGUUUCGACAUCACUAUCUUGGACGUGAGAUCGGCGCCGACCUCUGGGGCAUCCUCCGCGGCCAAAAGCCGCAACAGGCGCUGAUCAAGCAGUCUGGCAGCAUUGGCCACUCCAUCAGCAAGCGUCGGCCAGCCGAUCUCACGCGGGAGCAGUCUGCGUCCAUCGCUACUCAUCCUACAAUCCGAAGAUUAACGACGGCCCUUCGACGACUACCUCGAGGCUCUGAAGCGUACAAGGAUGCUAGGCGAGAGAUAAAUAACGAAAAGCAGAGGCUUAGGAGAGAGCUCAAGCAGAGUAUUAUACACGAAUGGACUGACAACCAGGCCGUUGAUGACAUCGAGCGCCAACUACGAGGCGAUGAUUUCACCAAGCCUGCGGUGGCGGACACCUACCGUCCACAGGGACCAGCACAAAAGCGCUUACUCGCAGCGCUCACUGCUCCGCUCAUAGCCACACUCGAGGCCCAAUACCAACGGAGAGACGACGCCAUCAACGCAAUAUCCGCGUAUUGUCUUGUCCAGGAAGGAUGCACCACGCGCCGGCCUCGGCCUGUGUCGAAAAACUCGCUCUCUAAGACGCUUUCCCAUCGCUCAGAGAGCAGCCCCCUCGAUCUUGCCACGCUAUCUGUCUAUGCCAGAAACAAGACAGAGAGGCCAAGGAGGUGCUUUAUAUGUAUUGGUCAGGCCCAUAGUCUCCCCUCGGGUGAUCCUCGGGUGGAUGAUCUCAUCCAAGAGUUCUACUCGUCUAACGACCUGACCAAGCACUUCAAACGUAAGCACUUGUCCAAGAUGAAAGCCGAUGACAAGAUAGAGUGCAAGGUUUGUAAGAUGCCGCUUGACCACAGGAUGCACCUUCAACGUCAUGCCUUUGAGAUCCACGGCACUGUUUCCUGA